AUGGGGCUCCAGGGGAAGGGGCUCCAGGGGAAGGGUCAAAGCGGCCCCUUGCCACUGUCACCCCUCCUGCCCGCAGGUGACUGCCCGAAGCCGGAGAGGUUCCCGUUCGCGGAGCCCUCCACGGCCCUGGAGGAGUCCUACCCCGCGGGGACCAGGCUGAUGUACCGGUGCCGCCCCGGGUACAGCUUGGCCAGCGGCAAGUUCCCCUUCAUCACCUGCCUGGACAACUCCAGCUGGUCGGAGAACCCCGACUUCUGCAUCGGAAAGUCAUGUGGUCCACCUGACAUUGUGAAUGGCAACUUUCACUACACGACUGACCUGCUGUUAGGGGCAACAAUAAACUUCACCUGCAACCUGGGGUACCGAUUAGUUGGGGAAUCAUCUGCCUAUUGUAAACUUGUUGACAAUGAAGUUUAUUGGGAUCAGAUUCCAUACUGUGAAAUUAUUCCCUGUUUCCCACCUCCCAUGAUUGAGAAUGGGAAGCUCAUUGAUGGGAACAGAGACUUCACCUUUGGCAUGGCUGCAACCUACAGCUGUGACAGAGGUUUUGCUCUUAUUGGAGAUGACACAAUUCACUGUACAGCAAAUGAUAAGCUCGAGGGAGUGUGGAAUGGUGAAUUCCCCAAAUGCAAAGUGGUCAGAUGUAAGAAUCCGGAAGUGAAAAAUGGGAGAAGAUUAUCUGGCUUUGGCACUGAGCACACGUAUAAAAAUACAGUGACCUUUGAGUGUAAUCCUGGUCACUUGCUGAAUGGCAGCAGCCUCGUUACUUGUGACGCAGACAGUAACUGGAAGCCACCUCUGCCAACGUGUGUCCCAAGUUGUGGCCCUGCCCCUGUCUUGCCUUUCGCGGAGGCUGAGAGGGCUGUGGGUGGCAGCUCCCCUGCAGGAACCCAGCUGCAGUACCGGUGCAAGCCAGGCCACGCUCCAGCCAGCGGGAAGUCCUCAGUUGUCACUUGUCUGGAUGAUGGAAUUUGGUCUGCAGACCCAGACUUCUGCAGACGACAGCAAUGUCCCCCUCCCACCAUAGACAAUGGGGAUGUGACUGCAGACAAUUUCCUGUUUGAGUCAGUUGUGAGAUUCUUCUGUCACCCUGGGUGA